UUUAGAGCUCAGUGAAUAUAAAAAGGCUAAAAGUUACAUCGAGAGAGCACUUACGAUCAGAAAGGAAAUUGGCGACAAAGACGGAGAGGCCAAGGCUUAUGGAAACUUAGGAGUCAUGUUUUACUAUCUUGGCGAAUACGCCAAGGCUAAAGAAUACAUCGAGAAAGCACUUGUGAUCAGAACUGAGAUUGGUGAUAGGAGUGGAGAAGUAGCGGAUUACACAAACUUAGGAAAUGUGUUUCACUCGCUUGGUGAUGUUACCAGAGCUAGAGAAUACUAUGAGAAAGCUCUUGCGAUUGCAAUAAACAUCUGCGACAGCGAUAAAGAAGUAUGUCUUUACAGAUGCUUAGGAAAUAUGUUUUUCAACCUUGGAGAAGGUAACAAGGUGAAAGAAUAUUACGAGAAAGCAUUGGCGAUUAGAAAUGUAAUAGGCGACAGGAGAGGAGAAGCAGAAGACUGCGAAGCCUUAGGGAAAGUGUUUCAGUUGCUUAGCGAAUUUACAAAGACUAAAGAAUAUCUCGAGAGAGCACUAGCGAUCAGAAGAGAAAUUGGUGACAGAAGAGGAGAGGCUGCAAAUUACGGAAAUCUUGGAGCCGUAUUUCAGUCCCUUGGAGAAUACGCCAACGCUAAAGAAUGUUACGAAAAAGGACUCGCGAUUAGAGUUGAAAUUGGCGACAGAGAAGGAGCAGCUGCAGAUCACGGAAACUUAGGAAAUUUGUUUCAAUCUUUGGGAGAAUAUAUCAGAGCUAAGGAACAUAUUGAGAAGUCACUUGCAAUAAGAACUGAAACUGGCUGUAGACAUGGAGCUGCAGAUCAGUAUGAAAACCUAGCGGUUGUGUCUUUUGAACUUAAGGACUUUGUGAAGACUAAGGAAUAUUUGGCAAAAUCACUCGCAAUUAACACUGAAAUUGGAAACAGAAAAGGAGAAGCAAAAGCCUACGGAGAUCAUGGGGGUUUGUUUUACACACUCGGAGAAUAUGUGAAGGCUAGAGAGUAUCGUGAGAAAGCACUUGCGAUCAGAAUUAAUUUAGGCGACAGAGAAGGAGAAGCAAGAGAGUAUAACCGCCUUGGAUUUCUGUGUCUACGUCUGGAAGAAUAUGCCGCCGCUGAAAAACAUUAUGAGAUGGCACUGGUAAUCGCUAAAGACAUUGGGGUCCGUGAAAUUGAGUUAGAUAGCUUAGAUGGCCUCGCUAUAUCCAUUUUGCGGCAGGGAAACAACAUAGAAGCGCUACGUUAUCUUUAUCAACGUUUUGAAACAUACGAAAACCUAAGACUUUCUCUUAGAAAUGACGAUCAUUUAAAAACAUCUUUCUUAGAGGUUCAGGGCGUUAAUACAUACACGUUCUGUAGUGCUCUUCUUUGUGAGAACAACAAUCCCCGAGAGGCUCUUUAUGUUGUAGAGCUGGGACGGGCGAGAGGCCUGACAGACCUGCAGGCUGAUAGAUAUUCUGUUCAAACAAACAUUUCAGCCAAUCCGAAAUCAUGGAUUGGGAUUGAAAAUAUUGUUAGAAAAGAAACUGACUGUGUAUUUUUAUACAUUUCAUUUGCUGAUGAUGACCUUUUCAUAUGAAUCCUUAAAACAAGUGGAGAAAUUCAUUUCAAAAGAACGACAGUGGGUGAGGAAAUUCUUGGCACUCGAUUAGAGAGUAAUUUGAGUGAUUUUUUUGCCAAAAGUUUCCGGUGCCUUGGCAUGCAAUCCAAAUGGGAAUGUGAGGAUCGAUCUUUGCCUCUUGUCAUCGAGCCACAACACAGUUCAGAUGAGCUGGGAAGCCUCACAGAUCUGAGACUUCUCGAAGAAGAUGAUGAAGAAGUUGUUUCAGAUUUCCAAUCAAGUCUUUCUAUGAGUUCCAAACUCUUCAUCUUCCACGCUGCAGAUUUCCUUGUGGAACCCGAAGUCAUCAUUGUACCUCAUAGCAGCUUAUAUAAAGUUCCAUUUGCUGCCCUGCGUGAAAAGGAGGGGCAAUUCUUAUCGGAGACCCGUCGCAUCCGUGUAGUUCCCUCAUUGAUGACGCUCAAGCUCAUUCAAGAUAGUCCAGUGGAUUAUCACAGUCGGACUGAUGCACUGAUCGUGGGUGAUCCCAAAGUUGAUUGGGUCAUGUUCAAGGGAUAUUUUCAGCACAUCGCCUCAUUACCUUGUGCAAGAAAGGAAGCAAAGAUGGUUGGACGACUGGUGGGCGUAAAGCCGUUGUUAGGAGAGCAAGCGACCAAGCGGGCAGUUCUUGAGAAGAUAACAUCAGUGAGCCUGAUACACUUUGCUGCACAUGGUGAUGCAGAAAGAGGAGAAAUCGCCCUUUCCCCUAUCCGUACUCCCGACAGCCCUGAUAUCGCCCCGCAAGAAGAAGAUUAUCUGUUGACGAUGGCUGAGAUAUCACAAGUUCAAGUAAGAGCUAAACUGGUUGUUCUCAGCUGUUGUCACAGUGGAAGUGGACAGAUCAAAGCUGAAGGAGUGAUUGGAAUCGCUCGAGCGUUCUUAGGAUCCGGUGCUCGGUCGGUGUUGGUUGCAUUAUGGGCCAUAUCAGACACAGCAACAGAACAACUCAUGCAACGAUUCUACGAACAUCUCGUUGGUGGAGAAAGCACCAGUGAAUCUCUUCACCAGGCCAUGAAGUGGAUGAGAAACAACGGCUACACCAAAGUCUGUGAGUGGGCUCCAUUCAUGCUGAUUGGAGAUGACGUCACGUUUGACUUUGGUAAUAAGGACCCAUCCUUGGAAAGUCAACGAAACUGAAAGGCGUAAAUAAGCAAGACGGAUCGUUUGCUUAACGAUGAUUUGGAACGAGAGGAAGACUUUUUACUUAAUAGUUGGACGAUACUGUAAAGAUAUGUAAAUGUGUUAAUCAACCGUGGUAAUUAUUAUUAUUAUUA